GCCGCGCUGAGGGCCGGUCCCUCAGAGCUGCGACCAUGGCAGGUAAUAACGCUCUGGGCUUUCUGCCGCCUUUCCCUAACUUCGCAACCCAUGCCAUCCACUAUGGGCAGGAGCCCGAGCAGUGGAGCUCUUGGGCCGUCGUGCCGCCCAUCACGCUCUCCACCAUAUUCAAGCAGCGAGUGCCCGGGGAGGACGAGGACUAUAUAUACACCCGGUUCGGGAAUCCGAACAGGCAUAUACUGGAGAAGGUUGUGUCUGCCCUCGAUGGAGCCGAAUACAGCUUGGCUUAUUCCUCUGGCAUGGCAGCAAUUCUAACCAUCUGUCACCUGCUGAAGACAGGGGAGACAAUUAUCUCCAUGGAUGAGGUGUAUGAAGGAACGAGAGAAUUAUUUGAGAAAAUAAAAGAGGAGUUCAAUUUGGAAGUGGUUUAUGUUGACUGCAGAGACCUAAAUCAGCUGAAAAAUGCAAUUGAAAAAAAUCCCAAGACCAAGCUGGUUUGGCUCGAGAGCCCCACGAACCCUGUGCUGACAGUGAUUGACAUCAAAGCCUGUGCAGACGUGGCACAUAGCUGUGGUGUCAAGGAUAUUCUGGUGGCAGUGGACAACAGCUUCAUGUCUCCAUAUUUCCAGCGUCCAUUGUCGCUGGGAGCUGAUAUUUGUAUGUCUUCUGCAACCAAAUACAUCAAUGGGCACAGUGAUGUCCUCAUGGGCCUGGUCUCUGUAAACAAGGAUGAUCUCUAUGAGAAGCUGAAAGACCUGCAGUCUCACCUGGGAGCUGUCCCCUCCCCCUUUGACUGUUACAUGUGCAACCGGGGGCUCAAGACUCUGCACAUCCGGAUGGAGCGGCACUACAAGAACGGCCUGGCUGUGGCCAAGUUCCUGGAAUCCCAUCCCCGGAUGGAGAAGGUCAUUUACCCAGGGCUGUCUUCCCACCCUCAGUGGGAUGUGAUACAGAAGCAGUGCACCGGUGUUUCUGGGAUGGUCAGCUUCUACAUCAAAGGGACAAAAAGAAAUGCCAUUGCCUUUCUUGAGAACUUGAAGGUGUUCACCCUGGGCUUUAGUCUAGGUGGCUUUGAGAGCCUGGCAGAGCAUCCGUACACCAUGACCCAUGGCAAGAUGGAUCCUGAUAUGAAGAAACGUCUGGGAAUCACAGACACCUUGAUCCGCCUCUCGGUGGGGCUGGAGGAUGAGGAGGAUUUGCUGGCAGACCUGGACCAGGCCCUGAAGGCUGCGUUUGCAUAAACCUUGAGGGUCAAACAGGACCUUGGAACUGGACAUGGCUGUGGACGAGGACACGGAAAACCAAACCACUCUUGCUUUGCCUUUGCUUUGCCAGCAGAGCUCAUUGCUCCUCCUGCUCCUGCAGGGUUUGGGGCACAGGGGCUGCUUCCUCUUACUGCUCUCAGGGUAUUCUCUUCUCACCCAUCAGCUCAGCUCAAAAACUUGAUUGACCUCAGAUUUAUUUUAAUCAGGUUGGAGAUUUGUGUAAAAGCUUUUCCUUCUUUUGCUGCUUUUCCUUCUCUUGAUGCAACAUUGAAGAUGAAGGGAAAUGCAACACCUGGCAAAUAAUAAUGUUCUAAAGAGGAAUCUUUGUCAUUUGAAAAAAUCAUGUGCUGUGGGAAUGAUUGGAAUUCUUUUAAUUAAAACCUGCUUUUCCUUUCCUUGCUUAUA